CCAGAGCCAAUUUUGUCAUCUGAAUUUGAACAGUUCAUUUGGAGACCUGCCAUUGGUUUCUCUCUCCUAUCCCGCCCCCUUCCUCUUUGAUUACUUUUUCUUUCCAGGCAGAUCACUUUCAUCAUAUUUGGAUCCCUCCCUGUCUUGGCUUCCACUUUCCGGUUUGAUUUCUUUCCCAUUUUCUCAGGAUGGGGUCGCUCACUGGUAUGCUCGUCCUGGCCCUGGGCCUGGGGCUGCCCUGCAGCAGGGCUUUUCCUGCCCCUCCUGGGCCUCUGGAAGACUGGAAGUUUGUGGAGGACUAUUUCAACCGCUUCUUCCUGCAGUCGAAGAAGGCCCACUUUUCUUCCCUGGAAGAGCAGAUGAAAUUCUUGCAGCGGUUCUUUCACAUGAGUAUCACGGGCAGGUUGGACGCUGAGAUGCUGGGCCUCCUGAAGCAGCCUCGCUGUGGGGUGCCUGACAUGGCUGAGUACAGCUACUUCCCGGGGUCCCCCAAGUGGAACAAGAAUUUGCUGACCUACAGGAUCCUGAAUUACCCCCCAGGGCUCAGCAAGAGGACAGUGGGUGCUGUCAUCGACCGAGCUCUGAGUGUGUGGAGUGAUGUCACGCCACUGAUGUUCCAGAGGAUCGAUGACCAGGAGGCCGACAUGGACAUCGCUUUCUGGAGAGGCGCUCAUGGUGACGGCUUCUCCUUCGACGGGCCCGGCAACAUCCUGGCCCACGCCUUCGCGCCAGGGCCGGACAUCGGGGGAGACGUCCAUUUUGACGGUGAAGAACCAUGGUCCAUGACGGAGCUGGGUGCCAAUCUGUUCCUGGUGGCCACACAUGAGCUGGGCCAUGCUCUGGGCCUGAGUCACUCUGGGAAUUCUGACUCCAUCAUGUUCCCGCACUACCACUAUGUGGACCUGGAUGACUUCCGCCUCUCUCGGGACGACGUGCGUGGGAUCCAGCGGCUGUACGGGAGAAGAAAGAAUUUUUGACCACCACAGCCACCCAUCACCGAGAGCUCAGCAUGGACUUCUGCAUCAACCUGGAAAACCACCUGAAAGGAUCUGGCCACUUAUCAGGCUGGGGACAAGUUGGGGGCAUGGGGAGGGGAGGACGGGGCCCCCGCAAAGGAGGAAGCUUGAAGUCGGAUAAACUCAUCUGUGGGUUCCCAAUAAAGUCGGUUCUCUCUUCAGGGGCUGUUCCUCUGAAACAAGGCAGAGUCUGUAUGCAAUGAACCAAUCAGUCAAUAAAUCAGUACUAUUUACUGAGCA